AUGUCGAAAGAUCCUGCCAAGUUUUCGGUGGCCGAAUUAAAGGCAAAGCUACAGGAGAGAAGCCGCGUGACCACGGGAUCAAAGAACGAGCUCAUCGCGAGGUUAAUGAGUGCUGAUCCUUCAAGAAGUUGGACGGCCGUGCCAGAGGAUCCUGAGGACUCGCAAGAUGAGAACACCGACGAAGGAGCUGUGGGAAAAACUGGCCAACAGGAAAAUGCUGAGGAACAGGAAUCAUCGCAGAACAGGUUACGUAUGGAAAUCGAGUUCAUGUGCCGAGAAAGAGAGCUGAUGCAACGAGAAUUGGAAUUGACCCAUCGGGAAGCCGAGCUGUUAAGGAAUUCGCCACGACGUAGUGAUAGUUCCACAAAUGCAAGGCCGAGUGUCCACAUCAAGGCUAUAAGUGAGCUGUUAGGAGAAUUUAACGGCAUAGAUUUUUAUUUCGCUGAAUGGGAAAAGCAAGUUCGUCUGCUUCGCCGAACCUACGAGCUUGACGACAAUAUGACCAAAUUGCUUAUGAGUUCCAGAUUGAAGGGAAGGGCCCUACAAUGGUUCCACUCUAAAGCGGAAUAUCUUGAAAUGAGUAUGGACCAGUUGCUGCAGGAAAUGCAGACAGCUUUCGAUCAUCGCCCGAUGCCAGUAGCAGAAGAGGAUAUACUGGAAUACGUAAUAGAUGGCAUAGCAGACCCAGUUUUGCGAAACCAGGCCCGAAUACAGAGCUUCACUUCUGUGUCAGCGUUGUUGGAAGCUUUCAAGAAGAUCAGCAUUCAGAGCGACUCAAAGGAUGACCUGAAGCGUGAGACAAAUUCAAAUAAGAAGCUAAACAGUCAGGCUAGCUCAAAGGCCACAUCGGAAAGGCUGUCGGACAAGGAUACUCAGUCGGGGAAGGUAAUUCGCUGUUUCAACUGCAAUAAGUUGGGACAAUCAUCGAAGAUCUGUAGAGAACCCAAGAAAGAAAAGGGAACGUGUUUCCGUUGCGGAGAAGCAGGUCACAUUUCGAAGACAUGCCCAAAGAAGGAGAAGAAGAAAGAAAAGGGCCCUGAAGUCAACAAUAUUUACAAGGACCCUUUGGUAGAAGACGAAUUUCUUAAAAUCGUUACAUUCGAAGUAAAGAACCCUAUGUUACAUCGAGUACUUUGCUUAGACACCUUGUUGGAUACCGGCAGUGCGAUAAGUAUUGUUAAAGAACGUUUCAUAAAUAAUGAGGUAACAAAACCUGUAGAUAAUUUUGUCGAAUCUUUUUAUGGGAUAAAUCGUACAAAGCUUAAUAUUAGAGGUAAACUAACUGCCAGAGUAACGUUGAACGGUAUUACGCAAGAUAACAUUGUCAUUUAUACCGUACCAGAAAACACCAUGUUAACUUCCGCUAUCUUAGGUAGAGAUGUUUUGCGAGCGUUCGGUUUAGCACUCACCACCUGUCAAGAAUCAGAUUCAAUUCGCGAAAUCAUGAAUAUAGAUAUCGAUCGAUCUGAGAACGAUUUAACUGAUUCAUUAAUUAUUAAUCCAACUAUAGCAGUCGAUGCCCAGCAGAAGCUAAAGAGGCUGUUUCUUGAAACCUAUGUACAACCGAGGAGGCCAGCAGAACCGGAAACUAGGGUGGAGCUGAAGUUGGCUCUCAAGGAUAAUCAACCGUUUCAUUGUACCCCUCGUAGGCUGUCUUAUACGGAAAAGGGUAAGUUGAAAAUAAUAUUAGAUUGCUUAUCGAACAAGGGAAUAAUACAAUCCAGUACCUCUGAAUACGCGUCACCCAUUGUGAUCGUAACAAAGAAAAACGGCGAACCGCGAAUGUGCGUGGAUUAUAGAGUUUUAAACAAGGUGACUGCUCGCGAUAACUAUCCUCUUCCUAUUAUUGAAGACCACUUAGAAGCAUUAAAUAACAAAAGUUAUUUUAGCACCUUAGAUCUAAAGGACGGUUUUUACCACAUUAGUGUUGCGAAAGAGUCCAUUAAGUAUACGUCAUUUGUUACCCCGUUGGGGCAAUUCGAAUGGGUUAAAAUGCCUUUUGGAUUAAAAACAGCUCCAUCCACAUUUCAGAGGUUCAUUGAUAAUAUCUUUUCUAAGUUAAUUAGACAAGGAGACGUAACGGUCUACAUGGACGAUAUCCUUGUAGCAACUGAAACUCUUGUUAAAUUUAGGUCGUUUAUGUAG